AUGCAGAACAGAAGGGACGAAGGCCCGUCUUGGCUCCAAGCCCCUUCGCCCUUCAACACCCCACCGCCCACCGGUGAGUGUACCAGAGCAGGAAAUAUCUUUAAGAAUGUUUUAAACAGAAAUUUGUAUGUUAAAGGUGAUUCGGUGGAAUCGAUAUCCGAACUGCUGCAUGUGAAUAUGCCUAUCGCAGCUAGGACAGGAUGGGACCAUGCCCAUUUCCUCCAUCAACAGGCUCGCCAAAACCAAGAAUACUACACAUGGAACCAGGGUUCUUCACCAUUUGAUAACACACCUCCUCCACAAGGUGAUUCCAUUGAUUCAAUUUCGGAAUUGUUAAGUUUAAAUAUGCCAAGAGGCUCCCUGCUUGGCAACACCAACCCUUUAGGAACGACUACAUUUAAUGUAACACCGUCUAUAGAAGCUAAUUCAUCUUAUCAGGGCCAGGCAGGAAGGUUUAAUUGUUACCCUAACCGGUAUGAACCUCAGUCUAUGUCCACUCCAAGGAAAACGCCUAGGCCUUUAGACCUAACACCACCAUCACCUUUUUCACAAGUGACCCCUAUAUGUCCUCCUCAGCAGCUGGGAUCACCUCCUUUUAACAGUAAUCGGAGUAGCCCAGAAGACUCAGGUAUAUAUCAUUCAAAUGUGCAGUCUGAUAUAACCAAAUCUAGCAAUAAUGAACAAAACAACAAUAGUAAUGUAUCUGGAAUGUUCUGCCCCAGCACAGAUCAAGAGAUGGCAAAUAUUCAGAAUCUGUUUGCUCUGAGGAGGGAGUCUGACAUCAUGAACAAAAUAAUAGAACACACAUCAAGGCUCUUACUUGCAGCAGUUAAUUCACCUGAAAUAAAAUCUGAUGACCCACCCCAGUUCUCACAAUCACAGGAAAAAAUUUCUCGCUAUCUUCCACCAUUAACAGGUACCCAACGAGAAGCAGCGAUUUGUACCUGGACUGGACAAUUACCUGCUAGAAUACAUACAAACCCUACCUACUCGUGUAAGGUAUUUCUUGGUGGUGUACCUUGGGAUAUUACAGAAGGAAUUCUGGUUCAAGCCUUUAGUAAAUUUGGAACUAUCAAAAUUGAAUGGCCAGGAAAAGACAUGCCAAACCAACCAAAAGGAUAUUGCUACAUUAUAUUUGAGGCUGAAAAGAAAGUCAAAGCACUUUUGGACUGUUGCAUACAUGACUUUUCUAAAGGUGGCAAUUGGUAUUACAAAAUUUCUUCCAGAAAAAUGAAAUCAAAAGAGGUUAUUCCGUGGGCUGUCAGUGAUUCCAACUAUGCUCAAGUUUCUCAGAAGCUAGACCCACAAAAGACUGUGUUUGUUGGGGCCCUUCAUGGAAUGAUUAAUGCUCGGGCUCUGGCCAAAAUCAUGAAUGAUCUUUUUGGUGGAGUGAUAUAUGCUGGGCUGGAUACAGAUAAGUAUAAAUAUCCCAUUGGCUCUGCAAGAGUAACAUUUAACAACCAGAGAUCGUAUAUGAAGGCCGUUGUGGCAGCUUUCAUUGAAAUAAAGACUUCUCAGUUUACAAAAAAGGUGCAAGUGAACCCCUAUCUUGAAGACUCACCAUGUUCUUCAUGUAGUGUCCAGCAGGGACCCUAUUUCUGCAAAGUAAUGGUGUGUUUCCGUUACUACUGCCGUGGCUGCUGGGCCCUUCAGCAUUCAACCGGGGCAAUGCGCUCCCAUCAAUACAUAUCAAGGAACUCAAAGAGCUCCAAUAUCUCUCCAACAACGCAUGUCCUUUAGGACUUUGAAGUGAGUGGCUGCUUCUAUACCAGAAUCUUGUUUAACGUGACAUGAGUUUGGAUUCUUAAGAAUAUCGGAAAGGAAGCAUACUGCAAUAAAUAAUUGUUUGUUGCUUGAGUAGGGUUUUGGUUUUGUUUAAUUUCUUUUUUUUUCCUUCUAAUUUUUAAAGAAACUUUCCCUGUUAUAUUUUUCUUUUGUUGACAUUUUAUAUAUUUAAUGUUCUUAAUUAUUUUUGUAAUUGUUUGUAAAGUUACAUCAUAUCGGUGUGUUUCUUUAUAUGUGUGUUAAAAUUUGCAUUUUGAUUUAAAUAGCAAAUAUCUAUAAAUUAUAAAUAUAUUUUAAAAAAGGAAAAAAAAAAAAAAAAAAAAAAAAAAAGUCAAUUAAUGUUGACAAAAAUUUGUAAAUUGUAGCUGUUCUUUAGAGUUUUUAAAAGUUCCUAAUUUAUUUAUCAUCCUUAUAAUUAAGG